AUGAAAAAGCUUUCCAAGUUCUACACGAUUAUCUCCCUUUGGGGCCCGUUCCUCAAUCAUGUUUCAGCAAUGGGACCUUGGGCCAUGACUUGGUCUGACUCAACAUUCGGAUCAGAUGGCCCUUGGCAUGCUGUCGAUAUUUACAUGGGUGGAAAUGACACAAAGAUAGCCAUGUUUCCAGGAGGAUCAUGGGUAAGCUAUGUUCUUCUGAACACGCUCUGUGACAAUACGACAAAAUUAUCCUCGUACUGCUAUGCAGAUCGCGCCGGUCUCUACAACCCCGGCACCUCGAAAACCUGGGAUGGUGAUUCUAUUUCCCUGCCUCCUGCCAACGCAUGGACAGACUUACAAUGGGGUUACACGAAUGCCGUACCCCUGAAAGGCUACGCCUAUCGGGCACUCGAGUCCAUAGAUGUUGGCGGCACCGGCACAUCGGACUCGAACUUGAUUGCCAUUGAGCAAGGGUACCAGACCUAUCCUGGUGGACAUCUCUUCCCCCUGGAAGUAGGUAUCCUUGCGCUAGGUUCCCCGGAUAUCAACCAGUCAUUCUCCGAGAUCAGUGGACCGCCCCUUAACGGUACUUUUGUCACUAGCUCGCUGUAUGAACAAGGUGUCACCCCAUCCUAUUCGUAUGGUAUGCAUAUCGGCUCUCCAAAGUUCAAUAUCCCUGGGUCCCUGUAUCUAGGUGGCUACGAUAAGAAUCGACUGCUCGGGGAUGUAUCUACGCAGCCGAUUGACAGCGGAGAAUUGCCAAUCGAAAUUCUUGAUAUUAGCCUUGGUGUUGUAGAAGGCAGCUCAAUUUGGGGGUCUUCCAGUAUCACGAACUUGAUGGCAAAGUCUAACGCAUCUCUACAAUCCGGGACAAACGUCGCAAUUGAUGCGACAAAUCCCUAUAUUUACAUGCCUCAGAGCACAUGCGACGCCAUCACCGCAUAUCUACCUGUCACCUACCGCUCUGAUAUUGGUCUUUAUGUUUGGGACACGAACAAUGAAACUUACGCCAAAAUUAUUACAUCGCCCAGCUAUUUAGCUUUUGAGUUCGCCAAGAACGACGUCAAUACGGAGAAUAUCACAAUCAAGGUUCCCUUCGCUCUUCUGAAUCUCACUCUGUCACCUCCUUUCGUGGAAGUCGACACAGCAUAUCUUCCUCUUAUGCCCACCAAUAGUCAACCGGUUCUGGGUAGAGCUUUUCUACAAGCGGCGUUUUAUGGUGUACAUUGGUCUCAAGAAUAUUGGUUUCUAUCCCAGGCCCCGGGACCGGAUGAUAAUUUCAUCAAGAACGUUGUCAGCAUAGAGCCCACAACUACCACCAUCAGUGGGUCUGCAAGCAGUUGGGAAGAUACUUGGGCAUCCUACUGGACUGCUCUACCCUCUACAGCUGCCAGCAAUGGAUCCGAGAUAAAUUCGUCCAGCUCCUCGAAUUCUCCUACGAAACCAUCAAAUGCCAGCACCGGUCUUUCUACGGGUGCCAAGGCAGGUAUUGGCGUCGGCUGUGGAUGUUCUGCCGUCGUGAUCAUUUGUUUAGCUGCCUGGCUUUUUAUUCGCCGCCGAAACAGAGCCAAACAAGUCACCGCAUCACCAUCGCAAGGUUUUACGGGCCAUUAUCCCACUUCACAAGGAGGUGCGCCAGUCGAGCUUGAUUGCAGCAAGCGAGAAACCAGGCAUGAACUGAAUUAUGAGUCUGCUUUCGCAGGCUACUAUGAAAAACAGAGUUCAGGAAAUUUGAGAUCAGUUCAAGGCCGGCAACGUUCCACUGGAGCGUCCGAAGGCCUGACAUCUGCUACUACUCCUCGAUAUGAGCUCUUCUGA